ACUUCAAAGCAAACAGUUGCUCCUUAUCUCUAUCACCCAAAACAAUGAAGGGAUUUGUCGCAUUCCUGGUAGCCAGCUUGGCCGUUGCAGCUCAAGCGGGAUAUGUCGAGAACUCUUGGCCAGUCAACUCCCUGGGAUGGAACUCCUGGAACAACGGAUGGAAUAAUGGAUGGAAUGAAUGGAACAUCUGGAACACCAAGGGUCUGGUUUCGUAUCCUUAUUCUUCCGUCUAUGGGUCCUGGCCAGCAGUGAACUCCGUCUAUGACAAUGCCUGGGUCAAUGGAAACGGAUGGUAUGGUCCAAAGGCCACCGUCGUUCAAGCCAAUGUUGCUAAGGUUAACCCGUGGGGUCUUCCAUGGGCCGGAUAUGGCUAUGGCCAUGGAUACAACAACUAUGUUGCUCAUGGUGCUCCAGUCGUUGCUGCCAAGUAUCUUGCUGCCAAUCCAGGAUCAGUUCAUGUUGCUCCACUUGUUGGACAUGCCGUUAACCAGAAGCUGAUUGUUGCUUAA